AAGAUCACUUUGCCUCUGUGCUGACACAAGUCAGACUGUGGUCACAGCAUCUUUACUGCAUUUAGAGGGAACAACUCUAAGUUGUCACUAUGUCUACUGACCAAGACACCUGCUACCUAUGUAAGGAAUAUCUCAGGGACCCUGUAUCCAUCCCAUGUGGCCAUGUCUUCUGCUCCGUCUGCCUGAAGACAUACUGGGACCAUGCUGACCACACAGGCUCGUACUCCUGCCCCCAGUGCAGGGUCACUUACAACAAGAGACCCACUCCAAGACGCAUGGGAGGCUCCCGGCACUCCACCAUGCAACGCAACUCUGAAUCUUUUCCUCCGCCGCCUCCGUCCCCUGACUACAACUACGCAGGACCCCAGGAUGUCGGCUGUGACAUCUGCAUUGGCAAGAAGCACAAAGCUGUUAAGACCUGCCUGAUGUGUCUGGCCUCUUACUGCGACAAGCAUCUCAAGCCUCACUACGAGUCAGCCACUUUUAAAAGGCACAAGCUGGUGGAUGAAAUCGGCCACCUGGACAGGCAGAUCUGCCCCCAGCAUCAGAAGGGUCUGGAGCUGUUCUGUCGUACCGACCAGAUGUGUAUCUGUGUGCUGUGUACGGUGAAAGAACACAAAGGUCACGACAUGGUGUCAGCUGAGCAGGAGAGAGCCGAGGAACAGCAACGGCUUGGCGCCACCCAGGCAGAGAUCCAGGAGAAGAUUCAUGACCGCCUCAAGCAGAUGGAGGAACUAAAACAAGCCGUGGACUCACUGAAGAACUCAGCCCAGAGAGCCCUGCAGGAAUGUGAGAAAAUGUUUGGUGACAUGAUGCGCUCCAUUGAGAGGAUGCAGCAGGAGAUGGCCAAGCUGAUAACCUCCAACAAGAGAGCGGCGCUGAACAAUGCAGAAGGCCACAUGGAGCGUCUGAGCCAUGAGAUUGCUGACUUGAAGAGGAGAGACAACGAGAUCACCCAGCUUUCCCGCACUGAGGACCACAUCCACUUCAUCCAGAGUUACCACAUGCUGAUAGCCCAGACAGAGGCCGAGGAGCUGCCCACGGUGAGCGUCAACCCCUACUUCAGCUUCGGCCCGGUGACCAAGGCUGUCUCCGAGAUGAAACAGCACCUGGGUGAAUUCAGUAAUGAUGAGCUGGUUAAAGUAGCCAAGACAGUCAACAAAAUGACCUUCUGUGAACUGGAUGAAAGCAAAAAGAGACGCUCAAUAAAAAGUGAUGAAGCUACCAUGUACAAGUCCGUACCAAUGCAGGAACCUCAGCACAGGGACGACUUCAUGAGAUAUGCCUGUCAGCUCACUCUGGACUCAAACACAGCCUACAGACAGCUCUACCUGUCCAGAGGGAACAGGAAAGCUGCCCUGAAGAGAGACCCCCAGGCCUACGGUGACAGCCCAGCCAGGUUCGACUCCCUGCCCCAGGUCCUGUGUAAGGAGUCCCUCUCUGGAGGCGCCUACUACUGGGAGGUGGACUGGAGCGGGGAGGGGGCUGCCAUCGGAGUCACCUACAAAGGCAUCAAGAGGACGGGGUACGGUGACAACUGCCGCAUCGGCUACAACCGCAAGUCGUGGAGCCUCUUCUGCUCUGAUUCCAGCUACUCAGCCCGCCACAACAAGGACCAGAUGGAGAUCAGCGCCCCCUACUCUUCCCGCAUCGGGGUCUUCCUGGACCACGCUGGAGGCACUCUCUCCUUCUAUGCUGUAGGAGAAACCAUGUCUCUGAUCCACCGCUUCAAGGCCUCUUUCAGUGAAGCUGUCUAUCCAGGCUUCUGGGUUUGGUACGAGUCAGCCGUCACCAUCAUCCAGCUGUGAAUAAAUACAUUUGUAAUGAUCAAUUUUUAACAAGGAAUCUGUUUUGAUAAGCAUUUACAGGAAAUGUAGCCAUUCUGUGAUGACAUGUUCUAAUACUUUUACUAGACCGGAUAUGCUGUUGUUUUUUACACUAUACAGUAUGUUGAUCAGGGGAACUAUUCUUGAUAAACUUGAAUAUCUUGCAAAUCAACAUGUGUGAAAUGUAAAAUGAUGUGUAGAAAGGGAAUGAGCGUGUAAAUAAAAGUUUAAAUAAUGAA